UUUACAGCCCCUCUUGUUUCGGGCCAAAAAACCAGUCUAUAAACUGGCUUGGGGAUGGUCCCAUCUUGUCUCUCUUUUUAUUUUGCUAUUUUCUCACCAGAUGACUGCCAGGAAAUACUUUAUGCCGCUCUGAUGCGAGUGGGAACACAGUGCAACAACCCCUGCAUCUAACCCUCUGACCCUUCUCUCGCUCUGUUUCUCUCAUUCCUCUCUCCCACUUGACUACUCAUUUUUUUGUUGAUAACAUCAUAUCUCGAUCCUUUCGUAUGACCUUAUUACUCCUAUAACUCCUUCGUUUUAUCUCUGUCACUCAAAAUGGCUGCAGUGACAGAAGAACCUCAGGUGAUGUCCAUCCAGCAGCGCAUCGCCGCCCUGAACCAGUCGCAUGUUGGUCGGAAUCCGAAUGACAAUGACAAUGUCGAUGAACCACCGCCGUACACUCGCUCGCACCCAGCCUAUGCUCCUCCUCCGCCUCCAGUAUCGCGACCAGGAACAACAAGGAACAAAACGGUCAAUAAUCCUCCAUCCAACGCCCAUGGCUCUGUUCUGGACCGUUCAGCAAUCGGGAAUGAACCCGCUGCUGCACCAGUCGAUCAGAGAAAGAAAAAGGCCCCUCCGCCGUUGCCCUCGCGAAAGAAGUCGAUGCCACAGCUAGCCCCUGCUUUGCCCGCGCGAAGACCGUCCGCAGGGUCUGUCCAACGAAAGAUCUCUCAAGAAUCUCUAGCCUCUGAUACGUCAUUUUCGACCGUCUCGACGAGGAGGACGGCAGGGACAUCGUCGACUUCUGUUGACUCUAAUAAUGCGGGUAGAUCUUUGCGGGCACCUGCAUGGGGUACGACGGAUCUUCCUCCCCUGCCACCAAAGAGAGAGGAGAAGCCAGCACCGCCGCCCCGGCCAAAAUCAUCGGGUGGGAAGAGCGUCGACAUGCCCCCAGUUCCUCGACUUCCACCGCGGACGGGUUCUUAUAACAACCAGAAUAAUUCAGAACAGGAGGAAGCUGCCCCUAAACUGCCAACCAGGAGACUUCCCCCUCCGCCUUCGGCUUCUGCUGUGGAUAAGAUUCGACAGUCUGGCUUCGGGGGGUUGAAUAAGAGUAGUUCAGCAGCGGAACCGGCCCCGAGCGCUGUUCCUCCACCCGUUCCAUUGUCAUCUCGACCUGAUCUCACCAAGUUACAAGCCACCAAACCUCGCAUGCAUGCCUCGCAUCCUGCUGCCCCAGCACCAGCCCCAAGCACGGUCUGUUUGAAGUGCCGUGAUUUUUCAGGCCCGGAUACUCAUGCUGCUCGGUACCCACGCGAAACCCUUCCUUCUCAAAACAUGCAGUGGCUGGCCAAUGAACUGACAGCACCGUUUCCUUCACCCACUGAUAAGGCAAGGGCUCUGUUCACUUGGCUUCAUCACAACAUAUCGUACGACGUGGUAGCCUUUUUCAACAAUAAUGUGAAGCCAUCGACACCAGCAAAGACGCUUUCUACGGGACUGGCUGUCUGUGAAGGAUAUGCCGGUCUUCUUGCAACCCUGGCAAACCAUGCAGGGCUGGAGGCCGUGGUGAUAAGUGGUCACGGUAAAGGCUAUGGAUAUGCACCCCUCGCACCAGGCUCUAGCGUGCCACCGUUUUCUGCCGGUCAUGCAUGGAACGCGGUGAGAAUCGACAAUGGGCAGUGGAAGCUGAUAGACCCAUGCUGGGGUGCGGGAGUAUGCCAGGGGCCAGGGCAGCCGUAUCAAAAACUGUUCAGUCCCGAAAACUUCACAGACUCGAACGAUGUGUUUGGUAUCAAGCAUUUCCCUUCGAACCGGGAGCAUUUCUAUCGUGACGAUGGGCGACCAGGGAUCAGUUGGGAAGAGUACAUUAUGGGUGAAGGCAUCGAGCAGCCGACUAUCUUCACAGAUGCGAAGAAACACAGCAUAGGCGAGCAGUCAUUCCAACCUGCAGUGAGCCGAAUCUCGGUCUAUAACCACCCGGGCCCGAUUCGCUUCCAAUUCAAUCUUCAUUGCGAGCACUGGACGCUAAAAAGACACGACGGGGUGAUCCCCAGCCUCUUCCUGCUGAUAAUCCACGGCAUCGAUGGCCGAAAUGAUGAACGAAUCCCGUUCAACCAUUUCCGGGGUACAACACCAGGCGGAGGUGGAGAUUUCUGGUAUGUGGAUGUGGCAGACUCCCGGAAACUGGGAGCACCUGGACAGAAGCUGCAAAUUGUUGUCCUCACCUCGUUCGGAGACCGUAAAGAUGCCCGGGGUGUGACGAAACAAGAGUAUCUGGCACAGGUUGGCCGGGUGGGUAUGGCCUGGGCCGGUAUUGCGCAGUGGGAGUUGGUAUAG